UUACAAAUCCACUGGAUUCUUAACCUCAAAAAUCGCCGGCACAUCGCCUCCCCUCAAUCGACAAAUUAUUGUUUAUGAGAUGAACAUUUGAUCUGGUCAUGGAGGAGAAGAAGAGAAAAUAUAAUAAGCCCUGGGGAGGUCAUAAGAAGCAGAAGCAGUUGUCGAUCGAGGUGGGAAUGACAGGAUUCUUGUGCACCUGCAAUUUCAAGGAGAAGGACUGCAUCAGGGAUGCCUACAGACUCCUUGAAUCAUUCUCCAACGAUAGUUGUGAUGAUGAUAAGAAGCCUGUGGAGGCAGAAGGUGCAGAAGAGGCAGUCGGUAAGGAUCUGGAGGAGGAAGAGGACAUUUCUGACGCCCUCGGCAAGGAGAUCGAGGCUCUCAGGGACAAGAAACCGGCGGAUAAGAAAUUUCAGUACAUCGACACUGGAGUGAAGAACAUAAUUUUCAUGCGCACAACAGUGCCAGACCCCCUGGCGCUCACCACGAAGAUCAUCAAGCAUUUGGACGAGACUAAGAAGCCCAGGAGUCGAUUCAUACUGAGACUCAUUCCUGUUCUCCUCGUCUGCAAGGCUAACGUGGACGACAUCAAGGCCAAGGCUAAUGACUUAUUCGAUAAGUACUUUGUGGAGGAGCCCAAGACUUUCGCUAUUGUCUUCAAUCGACACUACAACAACUCCAUGCAGAGGGGUGACGUCAUUGAGGCCCUGGCUGCCCUGAUAUCAGAGAAGAAUCCAGGGAACAAAGCAGACCUGACGAAUCCGGAAAUUGCUGUUCUCGUGGAAGUCGUCAAGAGCCACUGCCUCCUGUCCAUUGCCCCUGAGUACUUCAAGUACAGGAAAUACAAUUUGACAGAGAUCUGUGUUGUGAAAGGAGAGACAGGAGAUGAGGGGAAAGCUAAGGGCGAAGGCCUGGGGGAUGGAAAAAGUGAGGGUGUUGAAGGCACAGGAGAGCCUCAGGCUGAUGAUAACGAGGGCGGAGAGGAUUCUGGAGGUCCAGAUGUUUCCAAAGACCUUGACAAAUCUUCAGAGAUGGAAUAAUCUCUGGCUUUCAUUCUCUAUUUUUGUAUUUUUGAGGAUAAGAACAGCUCCACUUCAUGUUCUUUAUUUAAACACGUGUUUAUUAUUCAUUCAACAUUAUUAUUAUGAUUUUUCAGUUAGGGCUGGAGAUGACAAUUAUUCUUUCAUUUUUAGUUUCAUUUCGUUUUUUCGUUUAGGACUAGCAUUUCAAGAGAAUAACAAGAUGAUUCUUGUUGUGAAGAUCGAACAUUCUUUUGUUAAACUUGUGGAAGAAGAUGAAUGGAAGAUAUGUUUGAUGACAGAUUAAAAAAACACGAAAGCACGAAACAAAAAAUAGCAUUUGGGAAUAGCAUUUCAAGAGAAUAACAAGUUGAUUCUUGUUGUGAAGAUCGAACAUUCUUUUGUUAAACUUGUAAAACAAGAUGAAUCGAAGAAAUCUUCGAUGAAAGAUUAAUAAAGAUUUGAUACUUGGUGAUUAA